AUGUCACAAGCAUCCUCCCUCCUUCCGCCCUGGGCAAGCCGCGAGUACUGGUUCCCGUCAGAGGGCGAGCGCGAUCACUUCGCUUCGCAGUAUGGAGAGUUCAUCAUCAAGAUGCUGAAGAGCGAAAACUGGGACGAGUUUGACAGCAGGGACGCGGUCGUCCGCAUGGCUAAGGCGUACAUCAAGGAGAUGUAUGAGGAUCCACACUACGACGUUCCCGCCCCCAGGGUAUACGACCCCGCGACCUUGACCGAAGCCCAUUUCGUCUUCUGGGCACAUACCUCGUCAGGGAGACAGGAGGUCGAGGAGUGGAGAGACCUCCGAGGAAUCGUCUACAAGGCCUUUGCAGCUCCCCGCUUCCUCCGCGAAAUCCUCACCAGAGGUACUCGACUACACUCCGAGUGGUCGAGUGGAGGAGUCCGACUCACCGCCGCCCAGGAUCUGGCGACAAUAGUGCUGCGAUCUGGGAGGGUCGUUUUCACGGAGAGGGACAUUUCUGCCUGCAUAUGGCGGGGCUACCGAGUCCAUGAAAGACAGGACACGUUCAACGAAUGUGCCUUCAAAGUACAAGACAAGAUCGACGAAUAUGUCUUGAAAGUACAAGACAAUUUCGACCAGGACUUCCCUGUCACCGGGAUGGAUUUCUGUGGUGAAACACAAUUCACCAUGCGACCCGGACAGGAGAACAAGAUCUUCGCCCCAUGGUACGAUCUUGGCCAGAUCGGAUACCACGACAUCCCCGACUGGCCCGCAAAUUCGAACAUCGCUUCGCGAUUGAUGACCGACCUGCCCGCCGAGCUCAUGCUCAUCGUUCUUGAAAACCUCUUCAAGUUCGAUCAAGACAUCCACAUUGUCUUCGACCACGACGAAGACGAAUACAUCUUCAUUGUGGAGCGGGAGCAGCACCUGAAGGAGUUCCCGCAUGGGCUCCAGGGUGUAGAGAUGCCAAUGGGCAAUUUCUGGAAGCUACCAUACUGUCACGAAUUCUUCGCCUUUGGGGCGACUGGAGAGGCGAACCGCGCGAUGAUGAUGGGUGUGUUCCACAGGAACAAGUUCAUCGUACAUGAUGACUAG